AUGGUGAGAAAACUCUUUUUGGCUGAGUUUGCUGGGCGGCCAAUUUUACCAGUUCCGCUUCUGCCUAAAUUGUUACCCUUUCCUUCUCUGUCCCUCUCGCUUCUUUUACCCUUGGCACUACAUGAAAGCGAACCACCAAGCCCGUGCGGAAGACCCGAAGCUCUGCAGCUCGUUCCACCAACAUCAUCAAGCAACAACUCCCUUCUUUUCACUUUAUUUGACCAGCCAUCUUCAAUACCAGUAAUUUGUUCAGAGCCCAUUCCUAACUUCCAUAGAGCAGCCAGAGAUGCCAAAAUUGAGUUUGUUAGACUCGUUGUCUGUGCUGGAAUUCAGAGGCUGUCCAUCAACAAGACGCGAGACCCCAGAGAGGAAUAUGUCCCUGGACCUCAUUUCCUUCUUCAGGAAUCAAAGCUGCAAUUAGCCUCUGAUACAGGGAGAUCUCAUUUGGCGACUUUGCUUCUAAUGCUAGAUGUUCUGGGCUAA